AAAUAUGAAAAUAAGGUUAUGGUCAUUAUAUAUUUGAUAUAUUUUGUGUAUGUUAGUACAGAAGAGGUGUAAUAAAUUGUAAUGAUCUAGUUCCGAGGCAGAGGAGCAGCCACAACACCACCAUGGUGGACUACAGCAAGUGGAAGGACAUCGAGAUUUCAGAUGAUGAGGAUGAUACUCAUCCAAACAUCGACACACCUUCUCUCUUUCGAUGGCGACACCAAGCCAGACUGGAGCGUAUGGCAGAAAAAGAGAAAGAACUUGAAAAAAUUAAAAAAGAAAGAGAGAUGUAUGAAAAUCAAGUAAAGAGUCUGAAGAUAAAACUACAGUCUGCAGGGCCAGAGUCAAGCACAGAUAUGAGUAGCAUAAAACAGGCCCUCUCUGAGCUGGAGAAAAAAGGGGAUGAGUUGGUCAGUAAACAAAAGGAAAUAGAGAAGAAAGAGAAGCUGGAGCCUUGGAAUGUUGACACAAUCAGUAGUGAUGGCUUCAGCAAAACUGUUAUUAACAAGCUUGAUCCAAGACAUUCUGAAAAUCUUACUGAGGAAGAGAAGGAAAAACGCAUGAAAGAAUUUGUUAAAAAGAAUGAAACCAACAUUAAAAAAUACGGAAUGUUCAGAAACUUUGAUGACUCCCGACGAUUCCUCAUGGAGCACACACAGCUAGCAUGCGAGGAUACUGCCAACUACUUGGUCGUAUGGUGCAUCAACCUGGAGAUGGAGGAGAAGCAUGAGCUUAUGUCUCACGUAGCUCACCAGACCAUCUGCAUGCAGUUCAUUCUAGAGCUGGCCAAGCAGCUGGAGAGGGACCCACGGUCCUGUAUAUCAGCUUUCUUCCAUAGGAUACAGCAGGCUGAACCAGAAUACAAAAAAGCUUUCACAGACGAACUGGAUGGCUUCAAAGAUCGUGUGAAGAAGCGUGCAGCACAGAAGCUGGAAGAAUUACUAAAGGAAGCAGAAGAGGAAGAACGGCAGGCUCGACUUGGUCCUGGUGGUCUUGAUCCCCUUGAGGUUUUGGACACACUUCCUGAGGAGUUAAAGAAAUGUUUUGAAAGUCAGGAUGUAGAACUGUUACAAAAGACAAUAGAGAAGAUGGAUCCCCAGGAUGCGACAUACCAUAUGAAACGCUGUAUUGAUUCAGGACUUUGGGUUCCUGGUGCAAAGGAUGCCAAGAGCGAGUAGCAAUUCACUGAAACAUUUGCCUCCUUGUUAAGUUCUUGCAGGUGUUAUUUGCCUUGCUACACUUGCCAAAACUAAUUGUGAUAGCUUGAAAAACACAGUAUAUAUUGUCGUACAAUAUAUACUGUGUCUACCCAUAGGGAAUAUGUUGAUCAAGAAAAAAUGAAGAGAAAGUUUGUAAUAAUCAAGACGAAUAUUUCAUUGCUUCCUUAAGUUAGUGUUUUAUUUUCAUAGCUCAUCAUUGUAUUAUUUUAAGAAGUAGGGUAUUUAUUCAAAUUUCUAUAAAUUGUAUUUCUGAUUUAAAUUAUAUUAAAAAUUCCAGUUAUGUGUCAUGUGUCUCCUGUGCAAUACAAGGUCACAAAUUGUGAUGCAUGUUAAGUCAGAACCCGAUUUCUGUGUGUCGACAGUGUUUCAUAUAUCAGAGAGAGAGAGAGAGAGAGAGAGAGAGAGAGAGAGAGAGAGAGACUUACAUUUCAACUUGGUGUACACUAAAAUGAAUAUUACCGGUAAUUGUGUAUUUCUGUUGUGUAAUUUAUUCACACUAGUAGUUUUUAUUGUUAAUUUGAUCUUGUGUUGCAUUCAUUUUUUAUAAUCAAGAGUGCCGAAUGUUACAGUGGUCAAGACAAGCUCCAGAUUUCAAAAUUAUAUACCUACCUGCAAUCAUUAUGGAGUUGAAUUUUAAAUGAUUAAUCUUAUGCUUGUUUAUGCUCAUUAUGAUUAUUUUGCACAAGUUUUCAUUUUCUCCACAUUAUUAUAUUGUCUAUAUAGAUAAAUAAUAAAGAAUUGUUUCAUUUU